AUGGCCGACUCCCGAGCGAUCACACCUGGCCCCGAGACGCACAAGGGCCACAGACAUCGCCAUGGCAACCACCACCCCCAUGCGCAAUAUCGACUUUCGUUCCCUGGUAUGCACUUUGGCCGCUCGAACAAAGAACCGCUUCAAGCUUCACCAGCAAUGCUCGACUGGAAGCUCGAGUCUCCCCCACUGAUUAUGUACGGCGAACCCCAGAGGAGUAGUGGUGCUUUGCUCUCGGGCCAGUUAUUUUUGAGUGUCAAGGAAGACUCAUUGGAGGUUGAGUCGUUGAAAGCAUCGCUUCACGUCCGCGUUACCCAGAAACGCCCAUUUGCCACCCACUGUGGCGAUUGCGCGGUCCAGCGGACAGAGCUAAAGCGGUGGGAGUUGCUCCAGCAACCGCUCGUUAUGGUGAAAGGCGAGCAUUUUUUCCCCUUUUCGGUCUUGCUGGACGGGCAUCUCCCUGCUACUAUGGACAAUCAGCUGGUCUCGAUCUCCUACGAGUUCAAGGCGGAGGCGAUCCCAACGCACAGCUCAGCCUUGAUGGCCCCCAUCAAGCUCGAAAGGACGCUAGAUGUCCGCCGGAGCCUUCCGACCUCCGAGACGCCGCACCACUCCGUCCGAGUCUUCCCCCCCACCAAUAUCAAGGCCAGCGCCCAUUACCCGCAUGCUAUUCACCCGAUUGGCACUUAUACGCUUGCCCUCCGCCUCGAUGGAAUCGCCAAACUAAACGCCAAAGUCAACACAGUCGAGUACUGGAAGCUGAAGAAGCUGACCUGGAAGCUCGAAGAAACGACAAAGACGAUCGCCCCAGCGUGUGCUCGACAUACCCCGAAACUUGGAGAAGCGGUAGCAACCGCGGAGGACCAGUCCAGCCGCAAGGGUGUGAUCCGCUCCGAGAGUCGCAUCAUCGGCGAGAAGACCCUCUUCAGCGGAUGGAAGAGCAAUUACACCAGUUCCACCGACAGCAACGUGGAAGUCGAGCUCGACUACAACCUAGCCAAGAACGCCAAGUAUGCCUGCGACAGCAAGAGCCGCGAUGGUACCGAGGUCAGCCACCAGCUUGUCGUCGAAAUGGUUGUUUCUCAAGAGUGGGCGCCUGUCGACAAGCCCUCACUAGUCACUCACACGGGCGUCGGCCGCAUCCUACGUAUGCAUUUUGCCACUGUUCUCACCGAGCGUGGUGGGAUUGGAAUUAGCUGGGAUAAUGAAGCGCCGCCGAUUUACCAGGAUGUGCCGCCCAGCCCACCUGCAUAUUGUCAGUGCCAGGAGACAGCCUUCAUGCUUCCCUCAGCAACUGGGUCGAUCACAGACCUGGCCGAUGAGCCGACGCUUUCGGAUGGGCCAGUGAGCUACUCCCGUGCUGGAGAGAGCCCGAGUGGGUGUUAG